AAAAUGCCUCGGUAUGAUGAUCGACGUGGUGUUUCGCGUCUCUAUGUUGGCCACUUGUCUUCGCGGACCCGAUCACGUGAUUUGGAGGACUUGUUCAGCAGAUAUGGAAGGUUUCUGGGCUUUUGCCCAACCUGGAGGUCUAUGGUGAGAGGUUGCCCUUGGGUGGAAUUGGUCACAAUUCUUGCGGUGUAUAGGGGACUUUGGCGAUUCUUUCUAUAAUGUUAUUGCGUGUUUUUUUGAUGGAAAUGGCAACAAUCUCAAAGUGGUGUUUAGUUCAUCUUAGAGGGGCGAAGUAUCAACCCUUCGGUUCUUAUGUCAUGAUGGCCUUACUGUUUCUGGCACCGGUUUACGCAGAAUACGCGAUGUGGAUAUGAAGCGCGACUAUGCCUUUGUUGAAUUUAGUGAUCCUCGAGAUGCUGAUGAUGCAAGAUAUUCCUUAAAUGGUCGGGAUUAUGAUGGAAGUCGUAUAAUUGUGGAAUUUGCAAAGGGGGGCCCUCGUGGUCCAGGUGGAUCUCGUGAAUAUCUUGGCAGAGGUCCUCCUCCAGGAUCAGGGCGCUGCUUUAAUUGUGGAAUUGACGGCCACUGGGCUCGAGAUUGCAAGGCUGGGGACUGGAAGAACAAGUGCUAUCGCUGUGGGGAUCGAGGCCAUAUAGAAAGAAACUGUCAGAACAGUCCCAAGAAACUAAGACGUGAAAAGAGUGACUCCAGAUCUCCAUCUCCUCGACGUGGCAGAAGCCGAAGCCGCAGUUUUAGCAGGAGUCGUAGCUACAGUCACUCCAGGUCACCUCCAAGGAGGGAACGAAGCAUUGAACGUGUGGAGAGAAGAUCAAGGAGUCCUCGUCACAGCAGGAGCCCCAGGCGGCUGAGAGCUUCACCCUUACCAUCCAAAGGGAGAAAGCAUAGCCUAACACCAGAUGAGAGAAGCCCACGAGAGAGAGGUAGCCCAUCUCCAAGGGACCGUAGGCAGGCCAAUGGUUCAGAAUACAGUGGGAGCCCCAGGGCAAUGAGUGGGGGUCCCAGGGCAAUGAGUGGGAGCCCCAGGGCAAUGAGCGGGAGCCCCAUGAAUGAUACUGGGAGAGAUAGUCCCAAGGAUAGGAGCCCUGUGGAAGAAAAUGGUCAGAGUCGCAGCCCUAGCCCUAUUGCUCGGGAUGUUGGUAGUCCUGUUGAUGAUGAUGAUGAUAACAACCAUGGUUCUCCAAGGGGUAGCGAAUCUGCAUAAAAGUGGCGAAUGGCACUCAUUCUACUUGAAACUGCGCUUUUAGUUAUCUGAGAAACAUAAAUUGUGUUCUUGAGAAAUUCCUGAACCUGGGUUGUUCUUGAUUUUUGGAUAUUGGAUGUUGUCUUGAGGUUCUACUUCUUUCCUUGCCAUGUUACUUGAAAUAAUUAGUUAUAUAGUUGUGCUUCUCUCUGUC